AUGGCCUCUUAUAUCUUUUUCCUUUUCUUGUUCCACGUUCUCCCUUGCUUUGUUGAUUCUGUUCAUUUCAACUUUACUAGCUUCCGACAAGGUGAUCCUGGCAAUGUUAUAUACCAUGGGGAUGCAAGCCCCGACGGAGCGGUGGUGCUUAAUAACAUUGACUUUAUAGCUCGCGUUGGUUGGGUCACUUAUGCUGAGGAAGUGCCUAUUUGGAAUCCUAGAAAUGGUAAGCUUGCAGAUUUUAGUACCAGUUUUUCUUUCAUCAUCGAUACCCGGAACUUAAGGGACGGAAACUUCGGUCAUGGGUUAUGCUUCUUCCUUGCUCCUGUGGGAAUCCAACUUCGUGUGAACUCAGCUGGUGGUUUCUUGGGUCUUUUUAAUCAAAUAAAUAAUGCUACAUCUUCGUUUCCUCUCGUUCAUGUCGAAUUUGAUACAUUCGCCAACCCAGAAUGGGACCCCCUCGAUGUUGGAUCUCAUGUGGGUGUCAAUAAUAACUCACUUCUUUCUUCUAACUAUACUUCUUGGAAUGCAACCAAACACAGCCGAGAUAUAUGUAAUGCACAUAUCUCCUAUGAUUCCGUUACUAAAAACUUGAGCGUGUCUUGGGCUUAUAAGCUAACCUCUGAUCAUCGAGAGAAUUCAAGCCUUUCCUACAUCAUUGAUCUUGCAAAGGCUUUGCCACCACAUGUUGCGAUCGGAUUCUCAGCCAGUACUGGAUCGGUUACAGAGGGGCAUAGACUUUUGUCAUGGGAGUUCAGCUCAAGUUUAGAUAUUGAGAAACCCUCUAUCAAGACAGGGGUGAUAGUUGGCAUCUCGGUCUCUGCGUUUGUUUUUCUGGUCUCUUUGGUCAUAUUUCUGUUGGUUUGGUUACACAAGAAAAGAAAAAGGAAGGCAAAAGAGAUAACAGAGUUUAUAUCUAUAAACGAAGACCUCAACAAGGAAGCAGGACCACGGAGGUUUGUUUAUAAAGAUCUUGAGUUAGCAACCAACAGAUUCUCAGCUCAUAGGAAGUUGGGUGAAGGAGGCUUUGGAGCAGUCUAUAGAGGAUUCUUGAACGAAAUAGAUACGUUGGUUGCCGUGAAGAAAUUAUCUGGUCGUUCCAAGCAAGGGAAGAGAGAGUUUUUAACCGAAGUUAAGAUCAUCAGCAAAUUAAGACAUCGAAACCUGGUGCAACUCAUCGGUUGGUGUAAUGAGAAACACGAGUAUUUAUUGAUAUAUGAGUUUAUGCCAAAUGGUAGCUUGGACACUCACCUCUUUGGGAAAAGACCACAUCUCUGUUGGGAUGUAAGAUACAAAGUAGCUCUCGGUCUAGCCUCGGCGCUGCUUUAUCUUCACGAAGAGUGGGAUCAAUGCGUAUUGCACAGGGACAUCAAGGCAAGCAAUAUCAUGUUGGACACUAAUUUCAACGUUAAGCUAGGUGACUUUGGGUUGGCUCGAUUAAUGGACCAUGAGCUACGUUCCCAUACAACAGGAUUAGCAGGAACUUUUGGGUACAUGGCUCCUGAAUAUGUAAUGACAGGAAGGGCCAGCAAGGAGUCUGACAUAUAUAGCUUUGGAGUUAGUAUACUAGAAAUUGUCACGGGAAGAAAAUCAGUGGAUCAUUCAGAAGAAAACAUUGAGGGUAAGAGUCUUGUUGAAAGAGUGUGGGAUCUGUAUGGUAGACAACAACUUAUAUCAGCUAUGGACGAGAAACUCGGUGAAGAGUUCAACAUGGAACAAGCUGAGUGUCUUGUUGUUGUGGGGUUAUGGUGUGGUCAUCCUGAUAGAAACUCGAGGCCCUCUAUAAGACAAGCGAUCCAAUUGCUGAACUUGGAGUCGCCAUUACCUAACCUUCCCCACAAGAUGCCAGUUCCUACGUAUCACAUCUCGCCUACUUCUCUCUCAGUCAGCUCAAGUAGGGGUUCGGUCACGUUCUCAAGUUGUCAAGUUGGUCGCUAA